AUGGCGGCAGAUGCCUCAAUCCUAGCGAGGGCGGAUGCGUUCCUCGAAGCUCUCGUCGCUGAUUGGAAUAUCUACUCAACUCUGCUCGCAACCGUCCUCGUUUCGUACCUUGGAUAUACGCUCUUCUUCACCAAGGAUCCCGAUGCCCAUCCCUUUAUACUUGCCCGCCAGGCUGUGGUCGCGCCGGUUAGGCAGCCCGGUGAAUCGGCUUCCUUACGAGCCAUGGACGUCCCUCAUGGCUAUCCGCUGAAGGCCGGACUUGGAGUCCGAGACGCUGAUACUCCUAGAUGGACUGCGGGGAGGCGGGGAGACCUCCGUGAUAUAUGGAAAACUGUUGUCCGCGGGGAAUUGAAUGCGGAUGGCACGUCAUCGGGGAAACGAGGAUCUAUCUAUACUGUCUUGGGGAAAACUACUCAGGAACGCAAGGUUGAUGAGAUCAGCCAGGAAAUCAACAUCAUCGGCCAGUAUAUUCGUGACACCGGGGCUGAGAAAGUUGCUAUCUGCCUUACCGACUCAGUAGAGAUGCUUGCUACCAUUUUUGCAAGCGCUUUCUACGGCUUCCAGACAGUCAUCAUUCCUCACAAUCUGCCUCCUCAGACACUUGCAACUUAUCUACAAAAGACAAACGCAGAUCUCCUGAUUGCCGAAGCUGGUGCUGUGGAUGUUACCACACUGCUGAAAUUGUGUCCUGCGUUGAAGCAUGGAAUUUGGAUUGCCCAGGAAGGUAGCCGACAUAUGGACUGGAACCAAGUCCCAGAAGGGGCCGGGAGCAAGAUCGAGGUAGCCGUAUGGCACGAAUUAAUCAACGAGAAGGAAGGAUCCAUUGGUUCCGAAGUGCCCGAAUGGGACGUCAAAUCACCAACUCCAUCACUUACCACAUUAUGUCCCACGAAGGAUAGCUUGGGGUCUUUUGUAGAAUAUACUUCCGGGAACCUAAUAUCUGCUAUUGCUGCAUUGGGAUCGUCCUUGCCACGCAAUGAACGCCUAACAGCAUCGGAUCUGGUUCUUUCGAUCGAUUCGCUUUCACAUUCCUAUACGCUAUGUUUAGUUCUAGCUGCCUUAUACGCCAAUGCAUCAGUUGCAUUGAACUCUGUUGCCGGAGAGAUUGUCGAUUUUGCGCUUGCAACCACUGGUGUCUCCCCUACAAUUAUCAUCGCGUCAUCGCAUACCAUAUCCGAUUAUCACGCCCAAUACAUGGGCCCACAGCUAAAUCCCUUGGUGAACGUUGGCCGAUUCUUCCAAACACGAACCUUGGAUUCUGGAAGAAUGCCAUCUGGCAACUUUUUCUCGGCGCUAGGAGGCAGUGGCCCCGUCUCUGAACAGACUCUGCAGAAAUUAAGAUUACUCUUCAUCUCGCAUAGGGCGGAAGGAGAUCGCAAUAACCAGCUCACUUGCGACCAACUCACAGACUUUAGGAUUAUGACCGGCGUUCGAAUCGCAUAUGCUCUUACCACCGCUAAAGUAGCUGGAGCCGUUUGCCAGACAAACCCAUAUGAUUACAGAAGGCAGCGCGGGUUCAGCCAUUUUGGGCCUCCAUUGAACAGCGUCGAGCUUAAAUUAGCCGACUAUGACGAAAAGUCCGGAAAUGACAAACCGAUAGAAGGAAAGAUUCAAGUAUCUGGGCCUGCGGUAGUCUCGGAUGAAUGCAAACUCGCGGUAGACGGUCAAUUCCAGGAUGACAAUACGGUUGUUCUCCUGGCUUGA